AUGUCGACUACCACAUCACCCGGCGACCGAUAUGCUGGCGCUGGUCUGUCGCUUGCCUCGUCGGCAACGAGACCUGACGAUGCACAAGUACAGAAAUCACAGCAAUCCCUAGCCUCUAGGACACUCGCACUAUCAAGCUACUUCCUGUCAGGAGCGUUAUGUAUCAACCUGUCCCAGUUUCUCGGUACGCCUCUGUAUCUGAUCAACCAAGACUGGUAUAAUGCCUGGAUAGCAUUUACUAAGCAGUCAUUCGGCUUGUUGACGAUGACAUUGACCCAAGCCUUUUCUCCAACAAAGGUCAUUGUGUCAGGGGACAAAUCCGUACGAGGUCAGCUUCUACGCCAGACAGAUGGCACUCUUUUAUUGGACUUCCCUGAACGGCUCGUGCUUAUUGCCAAUCAUCAAAUCUACACGGAUUGGCUCUACCUUUGGUGGACGGCAUAUUGCAGUGGCAUGCAUGGCAGGUUGUACAUCAUACUGAAGGAGUCGCUGAAACGAAUUCCGAUCUUGGGAUGGGGCAUGCAGUUCAACCAAUUCAUUUUCCUGAAGCGCAACUGGGAGCAGGAUCGCAGCCACAUGGCACAGGCUCUGGGAAGAUUAAAUAAGCUUGCUGAACCUAUGUGGCUGCUAUUGUUUCCCGAAGGCACCAACCUGGCACGAAGUACUCGAGAAAAGAGUGCCAAAUGGGCAGCCAAGAACAACAUGAAGGACAUGAGGCAUUGUUUGCUACCACGGAGUACAGGACUCAGAUUUUGUAUUCAAGAGCUAAAAGACUCGGUCGAAUAUGUUUACGAUUGUACUAUUGCUUAUGAAGGUGUGCCUCGUGGGGCUUAUGCUCAAGACAUAUUCACACUCAAGUCUGGUUAUCUAGAGGGUCGUCCACCUAAAAGUGUUAGUAUGUACUGGAGACGUUUUGCUAUCAAAGAUAUUCCGUACAACAACGAAAAAGCAUUUGAAUUGUGGUUACUUGCUAGAUGGCGAGAGAAGGACUUACUAAUCGAGAAUUAUCUCAUACAUGGUCAUUUCCCUGCCGAUACAGGUGUGACCAAGACAGCUCAAGGACAAACCAAGAGAGGCGCUGGUCAUUUAAAUGUCGAAAUUAGGUCAAACCACUGGUAUGAGUUUCUACAAAUCUUUGCACCAAUGGGUAUACUCGCGAUGGUCCUCUACGUGUUCUAUGGGGCACUUCCGCAGAAAUUCUUCAAGUCCGAAACAGGGAGAGCCGUGCAAGAAAGUACAGAAGACCUCAAGACAAUCAAGAACGCAGUUUCGAUGCCGUCCAUGCCUGAAUCAUUCAGCCUCGACAUGAUCUUCGACAAGGACAAGCAAGCUCAGACAUUUGGAAAUGCAGGAAUGUCAAUGGCAAAAUGGAUACAAAGCUCUGAAGCGCAACGAAUGCUCAACCGAGUAGACCUCGUUCAGAAGUGGCUGCAGGACCCUCAAAAACUCCUCGUGGAAUCGUUAGCACCAGAUACGAACAAGCAAAAUUUCCUCAAGACACUGAAGGAGGAGGAGGACAGAAGGAAACGCAUGACAAACAAGCAUCAAGGCACUUUCUGGGCUGAUCUGGAGGAUGCGGAGACAAAGACAAAGGGAUCAGUAUCGGGUAAGAAAUCUGUCGGAAGCUUCUACACAGAACUUGCAGCCAGACAAUCGGCUAGAAGACCGACUACGAAGUUGACGCAAGAGAAUCUCAAAAAGAAGGCGACAUUUUGGACUAAGCUAGAGGAGGAGUCAACUCGACGAGCAGGUUCAGUCUUCACCUUGCCAACACUUUCUUCUUCGACUUCUGCUACUGCAAUCGAUUCCAUGAACUCCGGAUCCACAGCUGUCGGGAGUGCAGCUCCGUCUUCGAAGGCACUUAGGCUGGCCAGCAAGCCUGCUCCCAAUAAAUUGGAAGUCACCAAAACUCAACCACAAACCAAGAGGACUCCAGUAAAGAAAAAGGGCGCCAUUGGCGGCUCGAGCUCGACUACUGCAAAAACUGGAACACCGAAGUUGGAAGUGGCCUCUCCAUCAAAAGCACCCAAAUCUAUAGCGACGGCUACGAAACCCAUGUUUCCUACUAAUAGUAGCGCGUCCACAACUCCUGCAACCAAGUUAACGAAGAAACCAAUGUUUCCUACCACCACUUCCACUACUUCUGCUACCAAAAAAGCAAAAAGCACAAGUUCUCAACCGAUGUUUCCUGUAUCUAACACGGCCAAGGCCCCGACCAAGAAAUCGCCACCAAAGUUGACUUGA